AUGUCAGCCCAGCCGACGGCCCCGGCCCCGGCCGCGACCCCCGCAUCCCCGCCGGCCCCGGCCUCCGCCCCCGCGCACGACUCGCGCCUGCAGAGCACCAAGACGAAUCUCAAGUAUCUCGCGCUCGGGAGCAGCGCCGGCGCCGCGCCAAAGAGUCUGACGACGCGCUCCUUCCUCACGACGCUGCGCUAUGUCCUGCGGUACGCCGUCCGCCGGCUGCUCCGCAUCGCGCUGUACGGCGCCGUCGGGUCCGUGAUCGCCGUGGUCGGCUUCGGGGUGCUCGGCUCCCUUGGGUCUGGGCUCGCGUUCUUCGCUGCGCCUGGGCUGAUGGGGAGUAUUGCGAUCGGGUUGGGGACGGGGGUGAUCAAGUUCGCAUGGCGCCACCGACCCGACAAGUUCCGCUUCAAGGACGGCUGGUGGGCGACCAUGACGCGCCGCGCAGAGUCCGGGUCCGACGCCAGCAAGGACGAGGAGGCCGACGCGGUCGCCGAGGCUGCUAAUGCUGAGAUGGAGCGGCGCAAGGCCGAGAAUAGGAAGACGAGGGAGGAUGUGUGGUUGAGAGUGUAG